CUCCCCUCUGUUGCCUCACGGUGGCGACAGCAGGUCAUUUUUAAACAUCCGUGUUUGACCACAGAUGAUCCAUUAUAUUAACCAGAUAUGAGAACAAGGUUUCCACUAGUCAGCCACAAAGUCCAAAUUGGCUCUAUUAAACAUUCAUCAAAACAAACAUUUGAUUUUUGGUUUUAAUAUAAGGUUAGCGGUGUGGUUAAGAUCAGGGUUAGGUUUAAAAUCACAUUUUAAGAAGAACUCUUCGCUUGGUGAGCGAUAAAAAAAAAAACAGUUGCUGGAGAAGACAGAUUUUGGGCCCAGCUAUCCCUCUCGCUUUACCUCUUCCUCUCUGAUUUGACUGAUCAGCAUUUGACUCUCUCGGCAACCGUAAAACGCCUUUUUCAUUUGAUAAACAUAACAUUUUAUUCAAAACAUUAGGCAAGCAUGCUUGCUUACUAAAUGCAAAACGCUGUAUAUUAUAGAUGAUACAGAGUAAUAUACUCUCAAAAUCUGUCUGUUAGCUAAAAUGGAAAAUACAUUUAUCCAAUGGAAGAAACUAUGUCUAAACAACAUAACUUAGAUGUCAGCAAGAAAGGAGGACAUCUCACAUAUUGUUUCUGCCAUAAACAACUCAGCCUAUUAUUUCACCACCAGCUCCUGUUCUGGAAGGAUUCUUCUCAUAGAUGGGCACUCUUUGGCAAUAAACUCUGGCUUUAGAAACUCUGGAUUGACUGUAGACAAGAAGGGCAAAAUCAUAACGGCAGUCCGAAGUACCCGGUCUGUUCCACUGAGCCACAAAGGACAGGUCCUGGUGAAGGAGGACUACAUCUACUUCCUGGUGGAAGUAGCCAAUCAGAAAAUGGAGGAAAAUGUCAAACAAAUUGAGAGGUUCUACGAGUGGCUACAGUCUGCUUUGCAACCAGCUGAACCUCAAAGCCCAAGUAGACAGGAGACGGAGGAGAAAUCUGUUUACAAGCAACGGAGGAAAAGAGGACAGACAAACGUUUAAACAGACACUCAGACAGACGCCUGCCAAGACAACAGAGACAUUAAUCCAGUUGAGUUUGAGGACUGCUUGGGCAGGGGGCUGGAUCUGUUCACAUAGACAAAUCAAAUCAAAUACAUUUGUAUUUGUCACGCGCUUUGUCAACAACGGGUGUAGACACAACAGUGAAAUGCUUACUUACGGGUCCUUCCCAACAAUGCAGAGAGGGAGAGAAAAUAGAGAAAUAAUAGAAAAGUAAUAAUUCAAGCAAUAAUAAAUACAUAAUGAGUACAUAAUAUCUUGGCUAUAUACACUGGAUACCAGUCCCAAGUCGAUGUGCAAUUGUUUUUUCCCCCGUCAUCAAUCUUUUUUUAAUUUGAUUUAUUUCACCUUUAUUUAACCAGGUA